GGGAAGUUCAAGUGUCGGGUCUCUAUAUAAGGAACCACAACAAAAACAACUAACAUCAACAUCUCACGUUAUGCCCAAGACACUUGCACACUAAGAAAAUUUGAAAUAAUACAAGACAAUAUUACUUCAACACAAGAACUUGAUCAACUUUGACACUACGCAUAUCCGACAAAAUGCCUCUCGUUGUUCCCGGCGUUACCACCAACGACCCCACGGUCCAGAAGACGGAGGAGUGGAUGAACAAGUUGUGCGGCAAGACGCUCGCUGACCACACUUCGGAGACUACCUUCUGCAAGUCCGAUCUCCCAAAGCAAACCCGCAUCAUCGAGCCGGGUUCGAUGGUCACGAAAGACUUUAACCCUGACCGUCUCAACGUACAUGUCGGCGAUGAUGGGAAGGUCAGCCACGUUGUCCACGGUUAAGGGGGAACAAAGAGCGGUGAUGGAAUGGCUAUACCAGGCUUGAGGAUAUCAUGGCAUGACGUGGAGUUGCGAAGCGAGCGAGUUAAUGAGUUAUGGAGAUACCAGCAUGACGCUGUGUUUAACGAAUGCGAUGAAUUCAUCUAUAGUACCAUCCUGCCAUAACUCAUUGUGAGUACCUUGACGGCUGACGAUAGAGGCCGUUGCCCCGGAGACCCUUUGUAUCCAUGUCCUUAUCGUCGUCGACCGUCCCCUCUAUCGGCUGCGCUAUGACGACACCCCCUGGUCGCCGG